AGUGCGGGGUCUGUGGAUCCUUGGGAGAUGCAGCUGCCUUGGUUGCAGUUGCUCAAACGCAGUCGUCUACUUGCCCACUUCUCUGCCUUAGUCCCGGGGUGUCGGGAGGCACUGGAGUCAAGCCAUGCAGCCGGGAGCAGCGCUGCAGGCCAUGUUGCUGGCGGUGCUGCUGGCCAAACCGAGGGAUUCGAAGGGUCGCCUGCUGAGCGCCUCGGACUUGGACCCCAGAGGAGGACAGCUGGUCUGCCGAGGAGGGACACGGAGGCCUUGCUAUAAAGUCAUUUAUUUCCAUGAUGCCUUUCAAAGACUGAACUUUGAGGAAGCCAAAGAAGCCUGCAUGGAGGAUGGGGGACAGCUCGUCAGCAUUGAGACAGAGGAUGAGCAGAGGUUGAUAGAAAAGUUCAUUGAAAACCUCCUGGCAUCUGAUGGUGACUUCUGGAUUGGCCUCAAGAGGCUGGAGGAGAAACAGAGCAACAACACAGCCUGCCAGGACCUUUAUGCUUGGACAGAUGGAAGCACAUCACAGUUUAGGAACUGGUAUGUGGAUGAGCCGUCCUGUGGCAGUGAGGUCUGCGUGGUCAUGUACCAUCAGCCAUCAGCACCACCCGGCAUCGGGGGCUCGUACAUGUUCCAGUGGAAUGAUGACCGGUGCAACAUGAAGAACAAUUUCAUUUGCAAAUAUUCUGACGAUAAACCAAGUCCAACACCCUCUAUUAGGCCUGGAGGUGAAGCAACUGAGCCAGCAACACCCCUACUUCCAGAAGAAACACAGAAAGAAGACACCAAAGAAACAUUUAAAGAACGCAGAGAGGCUGCUUUGAAUCUUGCCUACAUCCUAAUUCCCAGUAUUCCCCUGUUCCUCCUACUUGUGGUCACUUCAGCUGUAUGUUGGGUUUGGAUCUGUAGAAGAAAACGAGAGCAGCCAGACCCUAGCACAAAGGAGCAGCACACCAUUUGGCCCACUCCUCGCCAAGAAAACAGCCCCAACCUAGAUGUUUACAAUGUCAUCAGAAAACAAAGUGAAGCUGAUUUAGCUGAGCCCCGGCCAGACCUGAAGAACAUCUCCUUUCGGGUGUGUUCUGGGGAAGCCAUGCCCGAUGACAUGUCUUGUGACUAUGAAAACAUUGCUGUGAACCCUUCGGAAAGUGGGUUUGUGACUUUGGCAAGUAUGGAGAGUGGAUUCGUGACCAAUGACAUCUAUGAAUUCUCCCUGGACAGAAUGGGGAGGAGCAAGGAGAGUGGAUGGGUAGAAAAUGAAAUAUAUUACUAAGACACAGGAAAAACCUGGCAAGAAUGCAAAAGGAGAAGCAAAGGCCUCCGAUUUCUUACAAGGACAAUAUUCAGAAAGCUUAUGAAAAUGCCCAGCUCAGUCUUAGGGGCAAGCACAGCAUCACAAGUCCCUACUGGGUCCCCAAGCUCUGGCUGUACUUCUUAUCUGAGGGCCUUAUCCUGCUGAGCCUUGUGAGAAGGCAUUUUGCCCAGGGGCUGCUGCACAGCAGACUCUCAGUCAGUGAUUGUCAGCCAGCAGCUUCUAACGGAUAUCUGAGGGCUGGUGCUUUCACUGCUCAGGAUGAAGAGCUGACCAGGGAGCUUGGAAAGCCCACCUCUAGGUUCUGUUUUCCUUGCUCUAUACAGCAGCACAGGCAAUCACAAAAACACAAACUGUGGAAUCCUCUCAAAGCCUCUGUAUGGAAGCCUCAGGCUGGCCUGCACAUCAAUAAUUAAUUCCCAAACCUGCACCCCCACCCCGCCCCUGAAAAAUAUCCAAUAAAAAGCAGGAAGUAGAAUGUUAGUCAGUCUGUGUCUACAGCCUUUCCUCUGCAUGUGGCCUCAGGGGAACUUUUUUUUUUUUUUUCAUUCUCCCGACAUCUAAACUUGGAAAAAUCCAACUUGGAAAUACUUUAGAAAGUAAAAAUGAGCUCUGUGUUUGCUUCAGGGCUUCUUGUUCUCUGGGCUCAGACAGUAUGUGCUGUUCUGGGGAUGGGUGGCAGCAGCCUGGGAAUAUGACUGUGUGCUGGACUGGUAAAGAGUAGACAUACUAAGGAUAAGGAGAGGCAGGCUUCUCACUAUCAGAGAAGGCAGCCACAGCUACCAAAAGGGAGGAAACUGGAAUAGGUCCUAUUGUGUGCAAUGGAAAUAGUGACAGUGCUGUCACUGUGGGGCUUUAUGUAUUCAGUAUCCAUGAAUAUGUAUAUGUAUAUGUAUAUGUAUAUGUAUAUGUAUAUGUAUAUGUAUAUGUAUAUGUAUAUGUAUACUCUCGAUUAAAUAAGCCAGUACACCAUGAAAUUGGAUGACUCAAGGAAGAAGCAGAAGAAAUAUGAGUUACUUGAGUAAUGAAAAGGAAAUAAUGGAUACUUAAACAUAGGUAGA